GGGACCUCUCCGCACCGUGGCGACCCUCGCAGUCUACCUGCUGGCCACGACGACCACUGCCUCCCCCACCGCACCUUUCGACGCCGUCCGCCAGGCUCGUGGCUGCGGCAGCCACCCUCCUCCCACGCCCGCAAUGCCCAUCUACAAGGACCCCUCGUACUCGGUGGACGAGCGCGUCGACGACCUCGUGAGCCGGCUGACCCGCGAGGAAAAGGUCGGGCAGCUGUACCACCACAUGAUCUUUCCCGGCCCCUUCAACGAGAGCGACGCCACGCGCAACAGCACGUUUGACAUGGUUGUCAACAAGAAGAUGACGCACUUCAACCUGGUCGGCGACGUGACCAAUGCGACCGAGACGGCCGCGCUGGUCAACUCGAUCCAGAAGCUGGCCCUCGACAACAGCCGCCUCGGCAUCCCCAUCACCCUGUCGACGGACCCGCGCCACGCGUUCACCGAGAACGUCGGCACGGGCUUCGCGGCCGGCAGCUUCUCGCAGUGGCCCGAGACGCUGGGCCUCGCCGCGCUGCGUGACGCCUCGCUCGUCCGGCAGUUUGCCGACGUGGUCCGCCAGGAGUACCUCGCCGUCGGCUUCAAGGCGGCGCUGCACCCGCAGGUCGACGUGUCCACCGAGUACCGCUGGGCCCGCACCUCGGGCACCUGGGGCGAGGACGCCGAGCUCACGGCCGAGCUGAUCGCGGCGUACAUCCGGGGCCUGCAGCUCGGGGGCCCGACGCCCGAGGGCGACGAGGCCAGGACGUUUGGCACGCACAGCAUCACGACCGUCACCAAGCACUUCCCCGGCGGCGGCCCUGCAGAGGACGGCGAGGACUCGCACUUUGUUUACGGCAAGAACAACACAUACCCCGGCGGGCAGCUCGACUACCACCUCAUCCCGUUCAAGGCGGCCGUCGCCGCGGGCGCCCGGCAGAUGAUGCCCGCGUACUCGCGGCCCAUCGGGCUGCUCGAGGACCUGGGCAUCCCGCCCGUCGCGUUCGGCUUCAACAAGCCCGUCAUCACGGGCCUCCUGCGGGGACAGCUCGGCUUCGACGGCAUUGUGGUCACCGACUGGGGCCUGCUCACCGACGCCAUCAUCCGCGGCCAGGAGAUGCCCGCCCGCGCGUGGGGGCUCGAGGACAAGUCCGAGGUCGAGCGGUGCGCGGCCGUCUUUGACGCCGGGUGCGACCAGCUCGGCGGCGAGCACCGCGUUGACAUUGUGCUCGAGGCCAUGGCCCAGGGCCUGCUCUCGGAGGAUCGCGUCGACGUCUCGGUGCGCAAGCUCAUGCGCGAGAAGUUCAUCCUGGGCAUCUUUGACAACCCCUACGUCGACGUCGCCGCGGCCAACGAGCUCGUCGGCCAGGAGGCCUUUGUCAAGCUCGGCAGGGAGGCCCAGCGCCGGUCCUACACGCUGCUGACCAACAACGACGCCAUCCUGCCGCUCAAAACCCCGACCACCACCACAAAGUUCUACAUCGAGGGCUUCAACGCGACGUACAUGGCCAGCCGGGGCCUCACGGUCGUCGAGACCCCCGCGGAGGCCGACGUCGCGCUGCUCCGCUUCCACGCCCCCUCGUACCCGCGCCCGGGCGGCUUCGAGUCUUCCUUCCCCAGCGGCAGCCUCGAGUUCACGGCCGAGGAGAAGGCGCGGCAGGCCGAGAUCUACGCCGCCGUGCCGUCCGUCGUGGACAUCACCUUCAGCCGCGCGGUCGCGAUCCCCGAGGUGUUUGAGCAGGCGGCCGCCGUGCUGGGCAGCUACGGCAGCGGGCCCGACGCGUUCCUGGACGUCGUGUUUGGCGCCAGCCGGCCCGAGGGGAAGCUGCCGUUCGACCUGCCCCGGAGCCAGCAGGCGGUCGAGGAGUCGAUGGAGGACGUGCCGUUUGAUACGAAGGAUCCCGUCUUCAGGUUCGGCCACGGGCUGAGCUAUGAGUAGGGAUAUGGUGGGCCUUUUCGGCUGGAUUAUAUAGUGAUGAUAAUGGAAUCAAUCGACAUGUUGCCUGCGUCUGGCCCUGGUCAUCGUGUGUUGAUUCUGGCAUGUAUGAAGUCUUUGAGCACGUAUUUGACCUUUUCC